AUGAAAUUAAACCCUCUUUAUCGUCAUCGUUUAUACCAAAACUGCCGCUAUUUUCACCACAAUAAUCUAUUAUCUUCGAUUGCUACCAAAUCUUCUGUUCUCAACAAUAAAAAAACACAACGUUUCUUUGGAUCAAAAUCGGCACUUCACGAGGGUAACAAAGGCUAUGAUCAUCUAGAAGAACAACACGACAAACAGUCAAAUGCUCCUUUCUACACAUUUGGUCCAAAAGACGAGGAAGCACUCGGAAUCGGCCGUACGCAUGAUAAACCACUAACGGAAGGACACACCGUAAAUAAAGCACACGAAUUCUUGACAAAAGAUGAUUUAGCAUCACAACAGCAAAAAGAUAUUCCAGAUGAUAAAAAAAUGUCAUCAACAGCUUCUCUUCCCGAUACUUUGAAUGACGCGAAAAACGUAACAAAAAGUAUUGUGGAUACAUUUUAUAAUGCUGCUGCGAAAAUAAUGCGACCCGAAGGUCCAGAUACUCAAGCUGUAUCCGCGGCAAAAGCAAUUAAAGGACGAGCAGAUUAUUUGCGAGAGAAAUCUGAUGACGUUCAAAAUAAAGCACAAAAAAUGGAUUCAAAUGAAGAUAUUCUCGGUGGAUCGAAACAAAUAAUGGAACAUGUUCAAGGUAAAGGUCAACAGUUAAAAGAUGGAGUUGUGAAUAAAUUAAAUAUUAACAACACCGCCACCGUUAAAGAUAAAGGAGAACAAGUUAAGGAAACUAUAAAAGAUAAAGGGACUCAAUUAAAAGAUACUGUUCAAGAUAAAGCUCAGUAUUUGAAAGAAACUGUUCAAGAUAAAGCACUGUACUUGAAAGAAACUGUUCAAGAUAAAGCACAGCAAUUAAAAGAAACUGUUCAAGAUAAAGCUCAGCAAUUAAAAGAAACUGUCACAGGAACUGUCGGUGAAGCAAAAGAAACUAUUCAAGAUAAAUCUCAGCAAUUAAAAGAAACUGUUGGUGAAACAAAAGAAAACGUCAUGGAAAAAGGAAAAGAAACUGUCACAGGAACUGUCGGUGAAGCAAAAGAAACUAUUCAAGAUAAAUCUCAGCAAUUAAAAGAAACUGUUGGUGAAACAAAAGAAAGCGUCAUGGAAAAAGGAAAAGAAGUUGGAGAAAAAUUCCAAGAAAAAGGAAAGGAAGCCAAAGAGAAUAUUCAAGAAAUGGGAAAAGAAGCGAGAGAGAAUAUCAUGGAAAAAGGAAAAGAAAAAUUCCAAGAAAAAGGAAAGGAAGCCAAAGAGAAUAUUCAAGAAAUAGGAAAAGAAGCAAGAGAGAAUAUCCAAGAAAAAGGACAACAUGCAAAGAAAGCCAUUCAAGACAACACUCAACAAGCAAAAAAAAGCGAAGAACUUAAUGCUAAUAUUGGAAUGCAAGAUCAAGUGGGUCAAUUGGAUGUUUCACAAACUUCACAAUCAGCUGCAGAAGAGGAACAACAAUCCGAAGUUAAAAAAUACGGGAAAGGUGAUCCACGAUUGACUAAUGUUAAACCAAACGACCAACUCCCUGAUAGUCCUCUUAAAGAGUUACGUAAAGUAGGGGAGGCUACUGGAUUUCAAUAA